AUGUUAACACCAAAAAUGAUAGAAAAUGAAAAAGAUUUUUUUUGCCCUUUAGGACAUAAUCUACAAGUCGUAAAAAUUCUACUAGAUCCAAAACUAUCAAAGGAUUAGAGACUUUUGUGCAAUGAAUGUUUAAAGCAUACAAAAAUAGAUGCAAAAAUGGUUGAAUUAUAGAAGAUUUUUUAACUAAUUGAAGAUCAUUAAGUAAGGAAGAUGGGAAGAGUAGAAAACAUAAUAAUGGAUUAAAUUAAGAUAAUUUAAUCAUUACAGAGUAUUUUUGAUAAAAUGAAAUAAAAUGUGAUCCAAUAAUUAAACUAAUUGAUCAAGAUUAUGAUGGAAUGGAUUUUGCAUUUGUAAUAAUUUGGAUCAUAAUAUUCUAAAUAUAGUUUUUACCAAGAAUUAGAAAUUAUGUUAUUAAAUUAAAAUAAAGCAGGUAAUUUAUAAAAAAUAAUCGAUGAUCUUGAAAAAAACAAUCUUUGUUGGACUUAAAAAUUGGGUAAUAAGUUUGAUUAAUUUAAUUUAUUUGUAGAAUAUAAUCAAUGUAAGUAACUAUUAAAGAGUUUAGAAUCAAUUACUUAGAAUUAUUCACUAAGUGAAUAUUAAUAAUAAAUUAGUAUAUAACCCAAAACUAUAAAAAUACAAGAAAUUAAUACUAAAUUAAAUAUUGAACAAUCAUUAAAAGUUUAUCCUAAUCAUUCAACAAAUCUCAAGCCUUUGAAUUUUUAAAUAAUCCAAAAGUCUUCAAUUUCAUAAAGCGAUACCUGUUUUGCUAUAGCUUUUGAUAAUGAUUGUUCAACAUUAGUGGCUGGAUGUGAUUCAAAAAUUAAAGUAUAUGAAUUUAAUUAAGGAAACAUCAAAUAAAUUUAAACUUUAUAUGAACAUAAGGAAUGGGUAUAUACUUUAAACUUUAUGAAGAAAUAGAAAUAAUUUAUAUCUGGAAGUCGUGAUAAAUCUAUUAUAGUAUGGAAAUAAAAUUAAAUGAAUUUAUGGAGUUUAUAAUAAAUAUUAAAUGGGCAUAAUUAUUAGAUCUUUUGUUUAGUAAUAAAUACAAAUGAUGAUCUAAUUAUUUCAGGGAGUGGUGAUAAAACUAUUAAAUUUUGGAUGAAGAAGAAUGAAUGGUUAUGUUAAUAAACAAUUACUGAUCACUCUAAUCAUGUAUAUGGAUUAAGUUUGAAUUAAUAAUAAAAUAAAGUAGUAUCAUGUGGAUAUGAUAAGAUUAUAUUAAUAAUAGAACAAUCAGAAUGGAAUAAAGAAUGGAAAGUAAUAUAAAAGAUAACGAUUGAAUAGUGUGGAUAUCGAGUAUGCUUUAUUGAUAAUAAUAUGUUUACAUUAUCACCAAGAGAUAAAGAAUAGAUAUUUAUUUUUGAGAUGAAUACUAUGAAUAAUUAAUUUACUAAGACUAAAGAGAUUACAAUUUAGUGUGGAUCAGAUGGUCAAUGUUUAUUUCCUUUAUAAUAUAUAAAUUCAAAAUGUAUACUAUUGAGUAAGAAUGGUGAAUAUGUCAAUGUAAUUAGGAAAAAAUAAUAUGGAAAUUUUCUAACUGAAUAAUCUAUUCAUUUUAAAACUACUUGGUUAUAUGGAGGAAUGAGUAAUGAUGGAGAGUAUUUGAUCACUUGGGAUAAGGAAUCAAAAUAAAUAUAAAUUUGGAAAGAUGAAGAUUGA